AAGCAGCAGCAGCAGCCGUGUAUUCGUAAGCUAGACAUCUUUCUCUCCUCGUCGCUUCCAAAGAAAAACUUGGGAUGUGUCGUGUCUGCUAGAAGCUAGAAGUCAUCCAUCUGUUCAUCAGUAAUGACGUCAACAUGAAGAAGAUGGAAUUGAACUCCGGGCAAGAACCGCAGGAGCCGACGGCGAGUGGCGUGAGCAAGAGGAGAUCCCCCGAGGGUCGGAUCCGUCGUUUACUAAAAGGCAGGGCUCAUUCUUCGCACGACAGGAGUGGAUCGCAUGACGACGAUAGUAGGACCGAGCGCUCGCGAAGCAGUGUCGACUUCAAGGGUAACAGAUCCUUGACUUCGAAGUCUACCUCGUCGCUCAUGGAUGCUUCACACGCCUCGGAUUCCCAAGCUCCGAGUCCGUCGUCUUCGUCGAACACACAGCCUCAUAAGCCGAAGAAUAAGGUCGGCUCGUGGGCAUUGAAGCUGUGCAAACGCAGUCCAACGCUCAAUUCGAAAAGUACCAACUCGAGUCCCUCGAAGAACGCUCAAGCUCAAUGCCAAGGAAACCAGUCGACACUGAACCCCGCCGCAGAGAAGGAAGAGGUUCUAUGCGUCUGUUGCACACCAGGUACCUCUCGCGAUAAUCAGGCUGCGUCGACCCCCAACGCAACCAGGCGGAGAAUGGCGACGGCCAUCAUAAAUCAGCUCUCGAUCGAAUCAGAGGGAUUGCCCGCCAACGCUGUAGACGACCUCGAUGGAAGAGCGCGAGUGGAGCGCGCAAGGGAAAUCGCCGAAGGUGUCGACCCGCCUCCCGGUUUCGUACGAGCUCAUGAAUUCAUACCGGACGAGAUCGCGAUCGCUCUACGGAAUCUCAAUCUCGACGCCAUUCCCUGGGACGUACUCGGCAAAAUCUGGGAUUUGAAUCCCACGCCUCAGCAGACAGUCCACACAACUGUCGACUACAUGCAUUGUCUUGUCCCUGACCUAUCGAACAUAAGCAAUCGCGGCUUCUAUUGGGGUAAAAUGGAUCGAUACGAAGCAGAAAAACUCUUGGACAAGAAACCAGAAGGCUCUUUCCUGCUCAGAGAUAGUGCCCAGGAAGAAUAUCUCUUCUCUGUUUCUUUCCGGAGAUACGGCCGGUCCCUUCACGCUCGGAUAGAGCAGUGGAAUCACAGAUUCAGCUUUGACUCGCACGACCCGGGUGUCUUCAGCUCACCAACAGUGUGUGGUCUCAUCGAGCAUUACAAGGAUCCGACGUGCUGCAUGUACUACGAGCCAAUGUUAACCAUACCGAUCAACAGGAACUUCCCAUUCUCGCUUCAGCAUCUCACGAGAUGCGGGAUCACUCAGCACGUGUCAUAUGAUAGCGUGUCGAAACUCAACCUUCCGAAACCACUCAAAGCAUUCCUCCGUGAAUAUCAUUACAAACAACGACUGAGAGUGAGGAACAUGGAGAAAGAAUGAGCGCAAUUCGGAGGAACGCAAUGAUCCCAAUCUCGCGCAGUCUCCUUGGAGGAGCGCGUCAUGCCCUCGACCUCGAUCCGAGGCCGAAUCGCGGUGCCAGCGUCCUAUGCUUGCCCGGAGAGGCAUCGGCUGGUGUCUGGUCCUAUUUAUGCCUGAAUGUCUCUCUCCAUAUUCUCCCUCAUUAUAUGCUCCCUCGAAACGAUUGGUUUCCAGGACUUAGUCAAUUCUAUCACAUGCCGCGCAUAAUUGAUGCCCGGUAGUGCAAGGAUGUGGUAGAACAAGCCGAGUGGCAGUACAACAAGCCCUCAUAAUCAAUGGGUUG